CCGUUCUAUGUCACCUGUGGUCUGUGUUGACUGUCGAGUGCAAGCGGCGAAUUCAUCUAUUUUCGACGUUUAAGAAAUAGCUGGUCAAAAAAUGCCGAGUCAAGAGGUCUCCACAGCAAAAGUAGUGGUUCAUCCACUAGUUUUAUUGAGUGUAGUUGAUCAUUUUAAUCGCAUGGGAAAAAUUGGUAAUCAGAAAAGAGUCGUCGGCGUAUUAUUGGGCUGUUGGAGAGCCAAGGGAGUAUUGGACGUGUCCAACAGUUUUGCAGUCCCAUUUGACGAGGAUGACAAGGAUAAAUCUGUGUGGUUCCUCGACCAUGACUAUCUGGAAAACAUGUACAGCAUGUUCAAAAAAGUUAAUGCUCGUGAAAAAGUGGUGGGCUGGUAUCAUACAGGGCCAAAAUUACAUCAAAACGACGUCGCGAUCAACGAAUUGAUUCGUAGGUAUUGUCCCAACUCAGUACUGGUCAUCAUCGACGCCAAACCCAAGGACUUGGGUCUUCCCACAGAGGCGUAUCAAGCCGUUGAAGAAGUCCAUGACGAUGGAUCACCAACUUCCAAAACCUUUGAACAUAUUCCAAGUGAAAUCGGAGCAGAGGAAGCUGAAGAAGUUGGAGUCGAACAUUUGCUCAGGGACAUCAAAGACACCACUGUCGGUACACUCAGUCAAAGAAUAACGAACCAAUUACUUGGAUUAAAAGGACUUCAUGCCCAAAUUCGAGAAAUUAGGGAUUACCUUAUCCAGGUUGGCAAUGGAAAACUACCGAUCAAUCAUCAAAUCGUUUAUCAGCUACAAGAUAUCUUCAACUUGUUACCUGAUAUGUCACAAAACACAUUUGUGGAUUCACUCUACGUCAAAACAAAUGAUCAAAUGCUGGUAGUUUACUUAGCUGCUCUCGUCAGGUCAAUCGUAGCACUGCACAAUUUGAUAAACAACAAAUUAACGAAUCGUGAUGCAGAGAAAAAGGAGACUGAUAAGAAAGAGACGAAAAAAGAUGAAAAGAAAGAAGAUGAGAAGAAGGAUGAGAAGGAGAAGGCAAAAGUUAAAUGAUUUAUAGAUAAUACAUGGUGUUGAAUACUGAUAAAUUAUUUCACUGAUAUACAAUGAGCAAUUUGAUUUCGUCGCCUACUUUAUUUUAAACCAAGCCGAACUCAUUCACGACCUAGACGGAAUGACGCCACAACUUAAUCUAUUUUCAAUAUUAAUAUUAUUACUUUCCUUGUCGCGAUGAAAGUGAUCAAAAUGAGAUGAUGGGACAUUGUAAUUUCUUGCAGAAAUACGCUCGUAAUAUUACAUCGUUAGACUCUGAUGUAUUUAGAACAGCGAUUAC